GGCCGUGACGCGCGGCGGCGGGCGGUGAGUAUAGGCUGCGCGGUCCGGCCGGUGUCAGUGUGAUGAAGAUUGGCGUGCAGCAGGUACCGUCUGGGGUCGGAUCCUGAGGCUCCUCUGUCCUUCACACUGAUCCACUGAAAGAGUCCCCGAACUCUCAUUGAUGAGGGCCUAUAACCGAUCCCUGCAGAGCCUCACAAGAAACACUCCCAUUCAGAGAUGAUUCUUCAUUGACCAUUACUUUCUGAGGUGCUUUGGCUGCGACUGAAAGAAGGAGGUUUUGUUUUACUGGCAGAGGAAGAGCAAAGGGGAGAGGUUCAAAGGACUGGCAGCUCCCAGAGCACACUCCAAACAGUUCUAGAUGUGACUCAAUCCCAUGAUGCAACAUGUCUCCCCAGCACCAGCUCUGACAAUGAUGGCCACACAGAGUGUGCCCCCUCCCCCUUACCAAGACAGCCAGCAGAUGACUGCCACAGCGCAACAGCCGGCUAAGGCACAGCCAGUGCACAUCACAACACCCUCGGCAGCAGCCAACACCCCAGUCCCCAGCACUCCUAUUGACCCUCAGGCGCAGCUGGAGGCUGACAAGCGAGCUGUCUACAGGCAUCCUCUUUUCCCACUCCUGACGCUGCUGUUUGAGAAGUGUGAGCAGGCAACACAGGGCUCCGAGUGCAUCACCUCUGCCAGCUUUGACGUGGACAUUGAGAACUUUGUACACCAGCAGGAGCAGGAACACAAACCAUUCUUCAGUGAUGACCCCGAACUGGACAACCUGAUGGUGAAAGCAAUUCAGGUCCUGAGAAUUCAUCUGCUGGAGCUGGAGAAAGUGAAUGAAUUGUGCAAGGACUUUUGUAACCGUUAUAUCACCUGCCUCAAAACAAAGAUGCACAGCGAUAACCUACUCAGGAAUGAUCUUGGGGGGCCCUACUCCCCAAACCAGCCCUCCAUAAACCUACACCCACAGGAUUUGCUGCAGAAUUCUCCGAACUCGAUGACUGCAGUGGCCAACAACCCCCAGGGAAUUGUGGUCCCAGCAUCAGCGCUGCAGCCGGGGAACAUCUCCAUGACAACGGUCAAUUCACAAGUUGUGUCAGGUGGAGCCCUUUACCAGCCUGUAACUAUGGUAACAUCUCAGGGCCAGGUGGUAACCCAAGCAAUCCCACAAGGAGCCAUACAGAUCCAGAACACACAGGUUAACCUGGAUCUGACCUCCCUCCUUGACAGUGAAGAUAAAAAGUCAAAGAACAAACGGGGGGUCCUACCGAAGCACGCUACCAAUAUAAUGCGUUCCUGGCUCUUCCAGCAUCUUAUGCACCCUUACCCAACAGAGGAUGAGAAAAGGCAGAUAGCAGCACAGACAAACCUGACACUUUUGCAAGUCAAUAACUGGUUUAUCAAUGCCCGACGGCGCAUUCUGCAGCCCAUGCUUGACGCGAGCAAUCCAGAUCCAGCCCCCAAAGCCAAGAAGAUCAAAUCCCAGCACCGUCCUACUCAAAGAUUCUGGCCCAACUCUAUUGCAGCUGGAGUGCUGCAGCAACAAGGAGUCAAUCCUACUACCAAUCCUGACGGCUCCUUAAUUAUGGACAAUCUGCAGUCCCUGUCUUCCGAUAAUGCUACCAUUGCUAUGCAGCAGGCCAUGAUGGCAGCUCAUGAUGAUUCACUUGAUGGAACAGAAGAUGAGGAGGAGGAUGAAAUGGAGGAAGAAGAAGAAGAAGAACUGGAGGAAGAUAACGAUGAGCUCCAGACAACGAAUGUCAAUGACCUUGGCUUGGAGCACAGUGACUCACUGGAGUAGCAAAGAAUUGAAGGUUCCCUGAUUUACGGUAGAGCAGAUGCCUCCUGGAAAGAUGUUUGCCUACCUAAAUCAGCAGCCUGAGGAAUUGUAGAGGAACCCUGAUCUUUGACAUACAAGCCCCCCACAUCGCUUUAAAAAUUAUGUAUGACAAAAUCAAGUAAUGAUACCCUUACAAAGUGUCCUGCUUGCCUGCAAUACACUGCAGCUGUGGACCGGAGUGCACAUUUAAGAGACCAGUAGAAUGUGCAGGGUAAUUAUUUAAGUGAAGGACACAUGUUUACAAGGCACAUAUUGUGGCCAGUUUUUUUUUUUUUUGUGUUGUUGUUGUUGUUUUUGAUAAGAACAAAAGUGUUUUUAGGGCAAGCUGUUUUCUGUAUGACUGAGUCUUUGAUGGAUGUUAUCAUGCAAUGCCUUUUUUUGACAUGCAGGUGAGAGGCAGGUCUGUUUUCAUUUUCACUGCUUUUAUGAAAGAUUUAUAGAUACAAAAGGAUUGAUGCUUUUUUUAAGUAAAAGAUUGUAAUGAUUAUAAAUAUCUAAAUGUAGGGAAAUCAGAGUUUGCCAAUUGUCAGAAUUUAAAACUGAACAUUGAAAGACUUUAGUGCUGGAUCCAUUUAGAUUCCUGAUUAGUGCUGAUUAAAUGAAUGUCAACUCUUCAGACUACCAUCUCUUCCUAUACAGAGUGACAAACCCCAGGAAGUACAGAGGGGACACACACAUAUUGAUGUAAAUCGGUCUGGUGAUGGGGCACCAGACUGUGAGCUGAGCAGCCUUUGUCAAACUUAGAAAACUUUUAAUUUAAUGGUCUGCUUGUGAUACAGUUAGUGAAAUUUCUAUAGGUGCAAUGUCACAUGACCAAGAAUGUCCUCAAGUGAUGCCAUCUAGGUACCAUUCAAUGUUUAGAAGAUCACAAAUAUUCAGAAACCGAUCAAGAAAUAAUUGGGCAUUCUUAUGUUUUAAUGAAAUAUAAACACAAAAUGCUAAAUUUGCCUUGUUCAUCUGAAACGUAGUCAGAUUUCAGAAUGCUGAAAGCAGUCUCAGAUUCUGCUCUGCUACAAUGCAAGCCAUCUCUAUUUGAUCUCCUGGUUUUAAGACUUCGUGGAUUUCUGAACUGGGAAAAGUGUUUUUGAGCUAGCUGAAGAUGCUAUCCAGAUGGUGAAAUAUAAAAAUGCCCCUUGCAUUACUUCCACCUCUCAUCUGGAAUCCCCACCAACUACCCCUCUCAUGUAAAGCAUUCUGCCGAGAGAUUGAUGAAAAGCCGUCUUGAAAUAAGAUGCUCAUUUAGGCGACGUCUACUCUGAAGGAGUGUUAGCUCUGCUCAAGUUAGUGUGCCAAAAAUAGCAGUGUAGCUGUGGUAGCAGGGGUAGUGACUCAGUCUAGGCACCUGAGUACGCACCCACCCAAACCCGCUUGGCACACACUCAGGUGGCGAGCACAAGCUGCCACCUGUGCUGCCCCAGUUACACUGCUAUUUGAGCGGAGCUAACAAGUAUCUGUCUAGCCACACUGGGAAGUACACUCCCUGCUGCAGUGUCGACAUAGCCUUAGGCAUGUUUAGUAGCAGUAGGAUGGGAUCAGAGCCAUAAAAGUUUUCUUCACUGAAUGAGGAAGAAGACAUUUCAUGAAGCACUGGCAAAACUAAUCACAGACGAGACUUUCCUGAGAUCAGAAACAUUUGCUGACCUGACUAACAUAUAUACAUAUGUAGUAAACAAAUAAGAAUCAGAUUAUGGAUAUAAUCACAGAAAUGGCAACAAAGGCCCUCUUGUAUUCACACGGUAGGAAGGAAAUAAACUCCCCUUGAUAGAAAGAGAUUUCACCCCAAAACAUCACUUGCAUUCAAUCUCCUCCUCUCUCCACACACUGAAUGGUAGAACUGAAUAUGGUUGUGUUGUCCAUAAAAUUUCAUUGAAUGAACUUUCAGUCCAUUUGUAGGAGAACAAUUUCAGUGACAAGCCUUGGAAUCAUAGAAUAUCAGGGUUGGAAGGGACCUCAGGAGGACAUCUAGUCCAACCCCCUGCUCAAAGCAGGACCAAGCCCCAGAUAGAUUUUUGCCCUAGAUCUCUAAGUAGCCCCCUCAAGGAUUGAGCUCACAACCCUGGGUUUAGCAGGCCAAUGCUCAAACCACAGAGCUAUCCCUCACCCCUUGGCUGGCAUUGUUGUGCAGGCUGAUAAUGACCUUUAGCAAAACAACUGGGGCCCUCCAAAUUCCACCUUUGAGGAGCAGUCAGUAACUGAGACUGAGGAAGGGCUUCCUGAAAUGAAUGUAUUCCUCCCUACAAUGAGCUGUUAGUGAACGGUUUAAUAGAAAUUUGAGAAAGAAACAACUUUAUUUAUAUUCAGUGGUAUAGAGCAAUAUGUUUUGCUUCCUUUCCAUGCCAUAAUUAGAUCACAUUUCCCCUCUGAAAAUCCAGUGGAAUUAGGGCAGCCAGAAAAGAAGAAUUCCAUUCCACAAUCAAUUGACAUAUAAGAACACAAGCAAACUGAGAUUUGCACACCUGAGAGGAACCGCUCAAGAGCCAGUAGCCUGAUGGUUAGGAUACUCAGCGGUGGGGUAGAAGAUGCAGAUUCCAGGCCCUGCUCUAAUUCAAAGCAGGGAUUGGACCUGUGUCUCCACAUCCUAGGGAAAUGCCCUUUCCAACAGGCAAAAGAGCCAGGUCUUAUCUACUAACUUCAAAGUUAGGACAACAUAGCUAUGGUGUUCAUGGGUUUGAAAAGUUCACACCCCAGAGGUAUGCUGAUCUAACUCCUGGGAUAGGUGCGGCUAGGUCGAUGAAAGAGUUCUUUCAUUGUCCUAGCUACUGCCACUCAGAGAGGUGGGUUGCUUACAGCGAUGGAAUGCACCUUACAUCAGUGUAGAACAGGGGUCGGCAACCUCUGGCACGCGGCUUGCCAGCGUAAGCACCCUGGCGGGCCGGGCCAGU